AGCUCCCCAUCGCAGACCCGCACACCGCGCACCACAACAAUGCAACCAGAAACUCCGAACACCCGCUCCCCACACGCCACCCUCCUUCUCCCUCCCGAACUCCGCAACGCCGUCUACACGCACCUCCUCCUCUCCGCUAAACCCCUCUGGCUCGUCCCCUCCCCGCGCACGCCACAAAAAUUCCGCCUCCGCGAGCACGCACCGCAGGACCACGCUGCCAUCCUCUGCACCCUGCACGAACUCAGCCGCGUCAGCCGCGCCACUUCGCAAGAAGCGCGCUCUUUCUUCUACGCGCGCAACAGCGUCCGCCUCGUGACGUACGCAUACGAGUACCUCCCGCUGUUCACUUCGUAUCUGCGCAGCCUGGGGCGCGCGAAACGCGGGAUGCUGGGGGAUCUGGCGAUGACGGGGUUGAUGUAUAGCAGCAAGGGGGAGGAGGAGGAGGAGGAGCUGCAGAAGCUGCUAGGCGGGUGUACGGCGCUGCGCAAGCUGGAGCUGCAGCUUAACGUGCGGCAGUUCUGCGCGUCUGAUCUUGACGGUUUGGCACGGAAUCUUCGGGGUGGGAGUGAGCUCCCGCGCGUCGACUUUUCGGGCUGGGCGCGCGUGAUUGCGCGGUUGGAGCGGCUGGAGCGCGUGCGCUUCUUGCUCACUGAGUAUGUGGACGAGGCGGCGGUGCGGGAGGGCGGGAUGCUGGCGCCUGAGGAUGUGGAGAGAAGCCGGGUUGAUGCACUGGCGCGGGCGCUGGAAGUGCAGCUUGUGGAGGCAGUGCGACUACAGGGGAAAUGCGUUGAUAUUGAUGUUACGUAUGACGGGGGUCGGAGGAUGCCGUAUUGGGGCGUGCUCUGGCAUUGACGUAUGAGUGCACAAGAGGGUGAAGGCUAUGUAGGCAUGGUUGCGACUUGUGGGUUUUCCUGCUAGGCCGACUAUGCGGGAGGUAUAUACGAGGAAGCCGGCGUAGGCUGGCACAGCAGGAGUACAUAUCGCAAUAAACGAACAACCGAACA